AUGAAGAGGACGAAAGUCUCGAUUAUUCAUGAGAAAAGAACCAGGGAUUAUGUGCCCGAAGGAUCUGUUUCCUUCAACGAUGAGGAUGCAAAGGGAAUUAUUCAGCCCCACAAUGAUGCUUUGGUAAUUUUUAUCCUUAUUUUUAAAUCUCAAGUUAAACGUAUUUUGAUUGAUCUAGGUAGUUCGACUAAUAUUAUUUGGUGGAGAGUGGUAGAACAACUUGGGCUGUUGGACCAAAUUGUGCCAGCAACUCAGGUUCUUAGCGGAUUCAACAUCGCAAGCGAAACUACUAAGGGAGAAAUCUCUCUACCGGUAAACAUCGCCGGGACUAUUCAACAAACGGUGUUCUAUGUCAUCGAAGGUGAGAUGGAAUACAACACAUUGCUCGACAAACCAUGGAUUCAUAGAAUGAGGCCGUUACCCUCAACAUUACAUCAAAUGUUGAGGUUUCCAACCUCGGAAGGGAUAAAAACGGUACGUGGCGAGCAACCCGCGGCAAGGGAGAUGUUCGCAGUCGAAGAAGCACCUCCCACUCAAAGGGGAUCAUCCCUAAAGGUUGCUGAACCUGCCAAAGGCAAAGAUGCCAAAUAG